AUGCACAAGAGAGUUGGGUACGCUGAGCUUGUAAACAGUAAAUUGCGCAGUGAUAAACUGUUGGCGCGUCGGGAUGCGGUACGGCUUGCAAAGCUCAAGGCGUUUCUUGGCCAACACCAGCACGCUUCCCAGUGGUCUGCUUGCGUCGGAGCUCUAACAGAUGCUGCGCGUCAAAACAUUAUUCCGAGCAGCGAGAUGGUGUGUGACGCGAUACGGCGUUGCGGUCUUAAGGGGAAACUGGACGUCGCGCGGCACCUUUAUACCGACUUCCACCGGGAGAUCAACAAGCCUCGCACCUUGCAAGUACAUGUGACCUUUAUGGCUGCCUGUGCGGAAUGUGGAGAUUUUGGAGAGGCCCACGAUCAGUUUUUGCGGCUGUGGAGGCGGGAUGCGGCGCUUCUGAAAAAUAAUGACAAACACUUGCCUGUUGUAGGGGCUGACCUCACUUCUGAGUAUCUUCGCGCGGCGGUGGUGGCAUCUCAGCGCCGUCGUGGGGAAUGUCAAUUUAACCCUUUUAGUGAUGAAGAAGUGGCGAUGGAAAAAAAAGGGGACAAAAAAAAUGCCACUCAGCCGUGGGAGGUGGCAUUGAAGGAGAUUCAAUCACUCCAAAAAGACCAUGCGUGGUUUUUGAGGCAUAAUGCGCUGACACCCAUUAUGGUCGAGCAUUUCGCGCGACUCUGGGAGAUUGGUGGAAAGUGGGAAAAUUGUCUACGGUUUCUCCGUCUCUCUGGCCAGCAGAAUGUCCUCAUCCCGCCGGAGGCGCACGACGCGGCCAUCCGUGUUUGUUAUCGGCACGGAAAGUACGCCCAUGUCGUGGAGCAAAUGCGGCAGAUGAUUGCCACCCGCUCACCACCGGAUGAGCGCAGCGUUCGCCUGGCACUCUUGUCCUGUGAGGAGUGGACUGCACUGGAAAGAACGGGCCUCAAGCAGCAGCCCGAUUCCUGGGUUCUUGCUGUUUCUCUCUUUGACGCGAUGCGAAGCAACGGUGUGACCAUGCAUCAGCAGGAUUAUGAGUCCCCGCUGCGCUCGUGUGCCAUGGCCGGACGGUGGGAAGAUGCCAUGCGGAUCCUCGACGUCAUGAGGAAAGACAACCGACCUAUAUCGUCGCAGUUGUAUCGACUACUGCUAGCAGCGCGUAUUGAGUCAUGUAAUUCUUUCGAAGAGGCUCAACGAUUUGCGCAGAUGCCAGUGAUGCAGAAUGGUGGCAUAAUUGUGUACCUGGCCCUUUUGCGUUGCUGCAUGACGAAACGGGAUUGGAAAAACUUUGAUCGCGUCAAUAAAGAAAUGCGUGACCGCGAGUUCCCCGAGACAUUUGACAAGAUGCGUCUACUUAUUGAGGCUGCGUACGUACGUGAGCAAUGGCACUCCGUCCUUAUGCGUUUUGCUCGCUUUGAAAGUAUCUCUAGAUAUGAAGAGAAAAGAGUGCUAGAGGACAAAGUGGUUCGAGCCUAUCCUGAGGAUUUUGACAUGCCAGAGGCCAUUCUCGAUAUGGUAUUGGCAUCAUACAAGCAUAUGAAGAAUCACAAGGACCCUGUAGUCCACACGGCCUACCGGGGGGCACUUAAACGGAAGGCUAAAGGCACAGAGAAACUUGCAUUUUCGUCUGAUGAAGCUGUGACUGUUCCGUCGGAGGAUUGGAUGUUUUCGCAGGAGGAGCGGGAGAAAAAGAUUCCACCGAAAUUUUUUUAA